CAGGCCUGGGUUGCCAUGGAUACCGUGUCCCUGGAGCAUCAGAUCCAGAGCGUGCAACGCCACAUCAGCUUCCUGAAAAAAGAACAGAUGGCCCUGCUGCGAGACCUGCACCUGGAAAUCCUGAGGCUGCAGAAACGCUGCUCAGAACUGACCCAUGACCUGGAAAUGAAAGAGGCCCAAUCUCACCAGCAAGAGUUGGCGUCCCGGGAGCUGGAGAGCAAGUGCCGCGAGCUGGAGUCACAGCUGGCGGCGCGGGCGGCGGCCAACGCGGAGCUGCGGCGGGAGGUGGCGCAGCGCGAGGCGCUGGUGUCGGCGCUGCGCUGCAGCCUGCGCGCCGAGGAGCGCCGCUUCCUGGAGGAGCUGCGUCGCCGCAGCCACCGAGCCACCGUGCUGGGCACUGAGCUGCAGAAGCACACCGAGGCGGCCGCCUACCUCUCCUGCCAGCUGCACGCGGCGCGCCAGAAACUGCAGACUCCGCGCCCGGGCCCCGGCGCCGCCGCCUCCGCCGCCGCCGCCGAGCCCCGGAUCCGCCGGCGCGCACAGCGGGCCCGCCGCCCGCCCGCAGCCGAGGCCGCCGCCAAGGGCCCGGGUUGGGACUGGGCCGCCUGGGAGCGCUCGGCCGGCGCCCCGGACGACGCCGAUGCCAUGCCAGACCCCGCGCUCUUCCUCUACGCCCGGAGGCCCCUGCGGCCCGGUGGCCGCAGCCCGCGCCAGCCGCCUCCCCAGGAGCCCCCUGACCAAGCCGCCCCGCCGGCCGCGCACAGCCCGCCCAGUGCGCCGGCGGACCCGGAGUAA